GGUGCGUUCACAGCUGUUAGGAACGCAUCCGAAUUUGGCCAGUAUUUCCUUCUCCCUAGGUAAUGGUGCGUGAGGUGUUAACCUUCCAGUUGGGCCAUUAUGCCAACCAUGUUGGUACUCACUGGUGGAACAUCCAAGAAUCAUCGUUCAACUAUGAUCCACUCGCAGAACCAUCGGAUAUUGAUCAUGCGGUGCUGUAUCGAGAGGGUGCUACCCGACAGCAGCAGACGACGUUCACGCCUCGUUUACUAAUGGUGGAUCUGGCUGGUACACUGAGACACUUGCCGCAGACGGGCGAUUUGUACUCCGAUCCACCGGAGCCGACGUCCGACUCACAGCACCAAGAUAUCCCAUGGGACCUGGCCAAGCUGCAGACGAUCUAUUCACACGGUGGCCCGUGCCAGCCGCACCCAUACCAAACAGAUUUGCGCGCAGCGCAGGCGGCGGCGGCGACGGCGGCAGAAGAGGUACCGAAGGAAUACGAUUUUGCUCAAACCGCGCGCGGGUGGGUGGACUAUAGUUAUACGCGCUUUCAUCCGCGCAGCAUAAAUAUCAUCGAGCGCUACGCCUACUCGCCGGACGAGUGCCAGUUCGAUACGGUUCCGCAUGGGAGUCUCUUUUGGCAGGACGGUGACUUUCGCGAGACGCUUACCGAUCGGACGCGCCAGUACGUGGAGGAGUGCGACCAGUGCCAGGGCUUCCAACUGCUGUUCGACUGUGGCGACGCGUUCGGUGGGCUAGCUACAAGUCUGCUUGAGCACCUGCAAGACGAGUAUGGUAAGACAUCGCUGGUGUUCCCGGUAUUUUCGCCUAACCCUGCGAUGUUCAAGGGUGCCGAUGAGGCGACCAGCGACUCAAUCCGGACUAUCAACACGGCGCUUACGUUUGCUCAGCUGCCGGAGCGGUGUUCACUGUUUGCACCACUUGCCACGAUGGAGCACUGCUGGCGAAGGAUGGCCACACCUCGUGUCUUUCCACACGCAACCUACGAUCCGCGCAAUCUCUAUCAAACAGCGGCUAUUUUGGCAGCCUUUCUGGACACCGUCACGCUACAGUACCGGUUACGAGCAGUCGGCGGAGCUACCGUAGGGCAUCUCGCCGGGAUUUGUAGUGAUCUGGCUGAACACGGGAGGCGCAUGGUUGCGGCCUCGCUGGCAUUACCAUUCGCGAUGGACGCGUCGCAGGACCUCAUCGACUGCCUAGAUCAGAACGAGGGCGAGCAACUCAUGGUUCCACUUUCUCCCGCUGCCAACGUUGGCACCCGAGGUGUUGUUCAGUCGGUAUGCAUGCGCGGAAUACCUGAGAACCGUCUAAAGCGACCACCGACUGCCAAGGGAGCUCAACGGCAGCAACGAAUGGCAGGCUAUCGUUGUGGCAGUGUUAGCGAAAUGCUGCAGUUGUUCUUUUCCUGCACGCUGCCGGUUAGCAUGUCACACGUCACUGCUUCCCGAACACCGCUUCAGGUUAACCAGCCGUUUCCGAUUGAGAUGUUUGUACCGGUCGACCGUUUCACCCAUGAUGGGUUUCUUACGCAAGAACAUCUGGGACAACCGGCCGGUGUCGUAAGUGUACCGACACUUGCCGCCCUUCAGUCGUCUACAGGUGUGGGCGACGGGUUGGAAACGCUACACCACGAAGCAAGGCGUGUUCGCCUGGCUCGUAUCCCGCGCUUUACCGAGGCUGGCUUGGAGGCCGGUGAGUUUAACGAAGCCCUUGAGCACCUGUUGGAGCUGAAAGGGAAGUACGACGAUGGAUACGAGCUUUAGCAUUUGUCGCUUAAAAGAAAACUGGUUUCGACGAGCAAUUGGUUAUGUGUCGGAAGUUGGUGAAGUGAAGUCUACGUAUUUGGUAAUUAUGGUUUUUAUACAAGAGUUAACUUUUUUCAAACA